AUGUAUGAGGAAGCAGCAAUAGCACGACGAGACUCUUUCAUUACACGUACAGCAUCUAUGUCGAUAGGGGAAAGGCCAGAAUCUUUUUCACAACCAAAUCCCGCAUCAAAUUCGACGGAGCAAAGCCCAAUGCGCGGUAUGUCAACAACGGAAAUUGAUCUGGAAUCAGUUCUUCAAGUACGUCGACGACGUUUAUCGGUAACAACACCUCAGGCAUCUCAAGAUGCGCAUCGGUACACUGAUGUGAUUUUCUUAAAAGUCGAAAAAUCGAAUGAUAUUUUGAAAGAAGAUGCUCGAUGCAUCUUUCACGGUGAUUAUCAUGUUCUAACUGAUAUUUUUCAAAAAUAUACAUCACACAUCAAAAUCCAUCAUGCAGAUCCGGAUAUGAUUAAAAAUCAUGAUCGUUUAUCAGGAAAGAUUUACACAACGGUCGAGUUGCCAACUAUGUCAUUGAUUGAAGUUUUGGAAAUUUUGCAUAAACAUUACUUUUCCAUCGUGGCCAAUUCAACUAAUUUUGGACCAACGACAAAAUUACAAGAAUUUAUCUUAUUACGAAAUAAAGAUGCACAUGAUUCAGCUCGACCAUUGCCGUUGAUUGAUACAAAAGCACAUUGA